AUGCAACAGGCCAUCACGUACCGCAACUACGAGUCACAAAGGGUCCGCCUUCCUGCUUCAUGUCUUCCUGUCGCUGUCGCUUAUGCACCAACAUCAAUCAACGAAGAAGAAGAAGAAGUCGAAGCUUUCUAUAUGGAUCUGAAGAAGUUCUACAGAGAAGAUCGUACCUUUUACAAGGUCAUAAUUGGGAGAGAACGAAAAGACGCGAAGUUCACUAAGCGAACUCCCAGAACUAUCAUCGACUGGGAGCUCUUCGCUUCGCUUGUCGGUUUCCGGGGAGAUGCCAUCAUGGGCAACAUCGACGACGAAUAUGAACGGCUUCUAGAACAUCUUCACGACUGUACGAAGAAAGCGAACAGUAUCAAAACCACCAAGAGACGUCCGUCUGAUGAAACUCUAGAGCUAAUACGUCGGCGUGGAGCUCCACAAGGUGCAAGGAACCAUGAACUCACGUCCGGGCUUGCGAGGAGUGCAGAGGAGCGAUAA